AUGGCGGACAAAAAUUCAAGUGAAGAUGUGAUCAUGAACAAUGCAGCAGAGGAGAUCCUUGAUUCAAAUGAGGAAGACAGCCAACAGAAUGACAGGGAGCCUAUCAAAUUCCUACUUCCUAUUUCUUGUCCUCCUAAAACCUCCCCUGCAUCAGUCUCUCCUCUUUCAGAUCAGGCCUACAUGCAAGCAGCAGCCAUUUUCCAGCAGCUACGAACGGAGAAGAGAGUCGCACAACAAUUGCUGCAUUAUGAGAAGAAGACAGACAUUUCUCUGCAAGAGAACGGGGACAAAGCCACUCAGAGACAGGCCUUCCAGCUCGCUUUCAACACACUCAAAUACCAAGAUUUACUGGAGGACAUCAUCACUGACAGCCGCUUCCACAUUUCUCAGCAUAUUUCCAGCGACUUGCUGCCAUUGGCAAUGGUGAUGCUGUUUGACUUCCAGGACCGAAAGUUUUUAAUGCACAAACGUUCAGCAAAAGAUGAGGAAGAGCCUCUGCAGGAGGUCAGGGACAUGGAGAGCAGUCUGCUGAGAUGUAAAAUUAAGCUGGCUGCCUCCCUGGCUCGCUGCAGGGUGAAACAGAGUCUGCAGAGUGUCUCUUGUUUUCUCUCUGACCUGGUCAGGACUAAACAGCACAGAGCCACACGUUUGCCUGUAUAUGCAUGGGUCAAUACUCUAAAGACCAGUGUUGAGGAAGUGUGUGAAGCACUGAAAAGUGCAGGACUAUAUGAGGUGAAGAGCUCGGCUGAUCUUGGAGAGUCAGCGUUCUGCAGAGACCCGCUCUGUCCAGACACACUCGUCUUCCCUCGGCAGCUUCACGCUCUGCUGCAGCACAGCACAGUUACACAUGCAAUCAACAUGCAGGACAGAAGUUUGUGUGUGGCGGUCAGCGUGUUACGGCCACUGCUGUUUGAAAAUGGAGACGUUCUGGUGGCGGGGUCUUUCUCUGCUCUGACCGUGGCUCACAUAGCUGUCACUGCUGCUGCCCGCUAUGGCCGAGUGUUAGUGUGUGGUGCUGAUCACUCACCUUUGCGUGUAGAGGAGAUAAAAGAGCUGCUUACACUGAUGGAUAUAACAAAUGUUCGAGUGCUGUCAGAGGCAUUCUGUGGUCUGGAUGAAUGGGACGCCUGUGUUCAGCGUUUAAAGGUCAUCAUGGUACUGCCUCAGUGCUCGUCCUCUGCCCUCAAUGACCCUGUGCCCACCAUGCACAGCGAACAUGGAGACUGGAAUCUCCUGCCAGACUUGUCAUACGGUUUAGUAUCGCAGAGCAAUAAACAGAAAAUGACCACACAGCAGGCACGACUACUCGCACAUGCUCUGUCCUUCCCAAAGGUUCAAACGGUGGUCUACUGCACACGCUCAGUGUACCACGAAGAAAAUGAGCAUCUGGUGAAAAGAGUGUUAGAGAAAACUCACACUCCCUCCAAACUGCUGCCAUUCAGGGUAAACGGUCCAGUUUUCCCUGAUGACUCCAAAUCAGGAGACUCGACAGACUCCAAGUUCUUCAGGCUGGAACCAUCUCAGUUUACAAACGGCUGCUUCAUCGCUCGCCUCUCCCGACAGGCAGAUCCCACAAAGGUAGAAACAGUCCAGGAUGUGCUGGCAAGGGCAGCAGCAAAGGGCCUCCUGGGUGGAAUAAUUUCUGAACAAUCAAAACCUGGUAAAAAGGGGAAAAGCAAGAAGACUCGAGAAGCCUCUGCAGGCAGUAAACCAUCAUCCCCCUCAAGCCAAGAGAGGCAGAUGGGAGAGGAGGGUGUGAGUGGAAAAGACCAAGUCACACCUUCAGAGCAAGAAGAGCAGAACGGUGAAUGUAACCAGGAGGGGGAAGAGAAGGUGGUCAAAGGAGGGAAGAAGAAGAAAAAAGGCCUUAAAGGGCAUAAGCAAAAGGGCAAACAGAGACCAAAACAAACCAACAGGUUGACAACAGUCUCCAAGAAUCACUCACAAAGUCACAAGAAGAAACCAACAAAGGGGAAAGCGAAGAGGCGUCUCACAAAAACUAAACAGAGGAGAUUCCCUCGCCUUACACUGACAUUAAUAUCCUCAGCUAAACCCCCCAAACACCUGUCUCCCAUCACAGCUCUUGCACACAAGCUGAUCGACGCUCCAGUAACUGAAUCGCAGCCGACUGUCUUUAGCACCUCCUCCCCUGCUCGCCUUGCUCCACCUGCUGCCUCAAAACCGACGCAGAGACAAAACACAGUUAGAGCAGAGACAAUGCUGAAGGUCAGAGCUGACCAACAGAGUAAGGCCAGAAAGGUGAAACUGGAUUCAGAGGUGGUCACAGAGGUAACCACAAAGCUUUCAGAUUUUGUCCUGCCACCCAUCUCUCCCCGGUCCCCAAGCUCUCUAAGUGGCAGGGGUGUUAGUUCCCCCUCUCAGUGUGCAUCACGGACCUCCAACUCUGAGCUCGCCAAAGCAUCUGCUUCCUCCUCCUACGUCUCUCUGCCUGGAAUAUAG